CAGCCUAAAGAAGGCGGCAACCGGGAGGGGAGAGGAAAAAGGGCGGGAAGGGCGUUGGUGAGGAGAAGGAGGCGGCAGCGGCAGUGCGCAGAGACAGGCUUGGCGUGGCCAAGUCCGCGCAUUCCUUAGGUCAGCGGUUACCGAGACGCUUCCCGUUUGCCUCCUCAGUCAGCCGCAGGCGGCGCCAAGCUGGUUUAGCGGCACUUCACCCACCACCACACACCUGCAGUCUUCAGCGGCGGAUUUAUGGCAACACCCAGGGCAGGGGCGGCCGCUGCUCUGGGCCACCUGUUGAGCGCCUUGAGUAGGCAGCAACAGAGGCUAUGGAGCCGUCCGAGCGCCCCCUGGGAACGUCCCUCUUCCAUCCGCCUCCUCAGUGGCACCGCUCAAGCGAGCGCUCCGUUCCUGAGGGGAAACUACCGGGAGGUGUGCGAGCGGGCGGCGAGGGAGCCCGGGCCUUUCUGGGGAGCGCUGGCUCGGGAGGCGCUGCUGUGGGACACCCCGCACCACACCGACUGCGAGUGGGAUUUCGUGCAGGGCCGAAUCCGCUGGUUCUUGGGCGGCCGCUUAAACGUGGCUGUUAACUGCUUGGACCAGCAUGUGCAACAUUAUCCGGACAGAGUGGCUUUAAUCUGGGAAAAAGAUGAGCCUGGCACUGAAGAGAAAGUCAGUUACAGGGAACUUCUGGACAUGACUUGCCGCCUUGCUAAUACAUUAAAGAGAAAUGGAAUAAAAAAAGAGGACCGAGUCGCUAUUUAUAUGCCUGUGUCUCCAUUGGCAGUGGCUGCUAUGUUGGCUUGUGCCAGAAUUGGUGCUAUUCAUACAGUUGUAUUUGCUGGAUUCAGUGCUGAAUCUUUAGCAGGGAGGAUCAAUGACUCUGAAUGCAAAGCAGUCAUCACCUGUAACCAGGGAGUCAGGGGCGGACGGGUCAUAGAACUGAAGAAGACUGUGGAUGAAGCUGUAAAGAACUGUCCAAGUGUCAAGUGUGUCUUUGUGACUCAGAGAACUACCAACAAAAUCCACACGGGCAGUCGUGAUAUUCUCCUUGAAGAAGAGAUGGCUAAGGAGUCUUCAGUUUGUACCCCUGAAAUCAUGGACAGCGAGGACAUGCUUUUUAUGCUUUAUACCUCAGGGAGCACAGGCAAACCUAAAGGGAUUGUUCACACCCAGGCCGGUUAUCUGCUUUAUGCUGCCUUAACACACAAGCAUGUAUUUGACUACAAGCAAGAUGACAUUUUUGGUUGUGUGGCUGAUAUUGGUUGGAUCACAGGACAUAGCUAUGUUGUAUAUGGACCACUCUGCAAUGGAAGCACCACAGUUCUGUUUGAAAGUACUCCAAUUUAUCCCAAUCCAGGUCGCUACUGGGAAACUGUGGAAAGAUUAAAAAUUAAUCAGUUUUAUUGUGCUCCCACUGCACUGCGACUGCUGCUGAAGUAUGGAGAUGAAUUUGUAAAGAAGUAUGACAGAUCUUCCCUAACUACCCUUGGAUCAGUGGGAGAACCAAUAAACCACGAAGCUUGGCAGUGGUUCUACAACGUAGUAGGAGAUGGACGGUGUACUCUUGUAGACACUUGGUGGCAAACAGAAACUGGUGGCAUUUGCAUUGCUCCUCGGCCUUCAGAAAAAGGAGCUGAGAUUGUUCCUGCUAUAGCAAUGCGGCCUUUCUGUGGGAUUACCCCAGUUCUAAUGGAUGAAAAGGGGAAAAUUUUAGAAGGCAAUGACGUAUCUGGUGCUCUCUGCAUCGCACAGCCCUGGCCUGGUAUAGCAAGGACCAUCUAUGGAGACCAUGAGAGAUUUAUAGAAGCUUAUUUCAAAGCUUACCCAGGUUAUUAUUUCACAGGAGAUGGUGCUUAUAGAACUAAAAAAGGUUAUUACCAGAUAACGGGGCGAAUGGAUGAUGUCCUAAACAUCAGCGGACACCGACUUGGAACUGCAGAGAUUGAAGAUGCCAUGGAUGAACAUCCUGCAGUACCUGAAACAGCUGUGAUUAGUUAUCCCCAUGAUGUCAAAGGAGAAGCUGCAUUUGCUUUUGUAGUUCUAAAAGAUGACACAGCCCAUCCAGAAACAGUUACCAAAGAACUAAGAGCAAUAGUUGCCUCCAAGAUAGCCAAGUAUGCUGUGCCUGAUCAUGUUCUGGUAGUGAAGCGUCUUCCAAAAACUCGUUCAGGGAAAAUAAUGAGAAGGUUGCUACAGAGAAUAGUGACAGGCAAUGUUAAUGAUAUGGGAGAUAUCACCACACUGGAUGACUCCAGCGUCAUCACAGAGAUACUUGAUGCAUAUGAGGAGUACAAAAUUAAGCAUCCUACUUUGUAAUGAGAAGCUGUGGAGAUAUGUUCCAUUAGAAACAGGAACGAAAGGAACCAUGGAAUCUACACAAGCUUUGUCACGGAAUUCUACUUAAUCAUUUGAUGCCCAGAAGUCUUCUGAAAAAUUCUGUAUAUUACAGUAGGGUGUCUGUGUGUGUUUUACUGCACUUCACCUUUAUUUGAAACGAUGCAAUAUAUAGUUCAGAUUCUAAUAUUUUAUAUAUUCUGUCUAUCUUUUUAAAUACUUCGUUUCCAUACUGUAUGUUUUUAACAAAGGAGCGAGUGUGAAUUCAGCCUUAAUAUCUGUGCCUCGGAAAUAUGAAGCACCCUUUUGAGGGAAAAUGCUCUCUAAAUGUUCCUGACCAUUCAAGUAGAUUGAAUUAGUCAAUGCUUGAAGUAACAUGAGUUUCUAAACAUUUGUAACAACACAAGUACAUACAUUUCUGUAUGACAUUUUUCUAUUCUGAAAAAAAUGUGAAAAAGCACUUUUCUGAUGUUUACCUUUCGCUGACUAAAGUAAUCAUGUUUUUAAAUUCAAUAAUGGUUUCCUUUUUUAGUACUGAGUGGCACUAUAGUAUAUAUAAUUUCAUGAAAAUUAAUUCAGAUGACAUGUGGAAAAUUGUUGCAAGGUUGUAUUGAGAUCUAAUCAUGAAUUUAGGUUUGCUUUCAAUUGGCUCAGAAUUGUCUUUAUUGUAUAAAGAAAUUUCGUUCUGUCCUUUUUAAGAUGCUGUAAUUUUCUUCCACUUGUUUUGAGGCUGAAAAUAUGUCCUGAAUUGACCCAGCAAGCCAGCAGGAGCUGGCACAAAAUCAAUAUAACUAACAUGGUGCCAUGAUUAAGUUAAUGUUGGGCAGUCACAUUUGCCCAACCUGUGAUUUCCCAUGUGUGUGUUGCUUUUAUACAUUGUAGAAACAGGCCAGGAACCCUCUCCUACUUUAUGACAUGUGAAAAUCCAUUAAGGAUUUUCAUUAAGGGUGAGGAUGGAAAAGCAUCUUGCAGUAUGAAAAGAAUAAAAGGUCACAUGGGAAGACUGCUACAGUAGUUAAGAUGCUCUAAGUCCCUAGUGCCUUAACCAAAAGUAUAAUAAAACACUGCAUUCACUGACAGGGGAGGUAUAAUCAAAAGCUUUGAAGUAGAA